GCCUGGAGAGUACGGAGUGUCUGUGUACGGCUCAGGGAGGAGCUGGGAGUCGGUGUUGUUGCCUGGCAGCCGGUGUUGGGGGGCUCAAGUAUGGCCACUGGGGAGGUCAUGUCCAGUGGGGACCGUGAGUUUGAGAGUGUUGAGCUAGGGGAUGUAAGGAGAGAAAAAGAAAAUUCCUCGUAGAAUUAUCCACUUUGCCAGUGGGGAAACCAUGGAAGAGUACAGUACAGAUGAGGAAGAAGAGUUACAAGAGAAGAAGGUUUUUUUACCAACUGUCGAUCCAUCAAAGUUAACCUGGGGUCCGUAUCUCUGGUUUUACAUGCUGAGAGUAGCAACAUCAACACUUUCAGUUUGUGACUUUCUAGGAGAGAAAAUUGCCUCAGUGUUAGGAGUCAGUACACCCAAGUACCAGUAUGCAAUUGAUGAAUACUACAGAAUGCAGAAAGAGGUGGAAGAGGAGGAGGAAGAGAAUGAAAUGUCGGAGCGGGCUGAGAAACAGUACCAAGAGCAGCGCAGCCAGCAGCCAAGUGAGAGCAGUGCUCAGACACAGCAGCCAGAGGCUGCCACCUCUUUUGUGAACAUUAGUUUUGUGAUGGAAGGAGAGGAUUCGGUGAACCUUGCACAGAAGCAGGAACUGUCUGCUGUCCCUACUUAA